UUUUUCGUCUAUUUCUUGCAUAAAGUCUUCAAACUGAUCUACUUCUGCUGAAUGAAAUAAACAGAGAAGAAAAAUGGAGACUCAAUCAGAUAGCACGGACGAAAUUGCAAACAUCAAAGAUAUUCGCCAACAAAUCGAGUCUCGUAUCGAAACACUGCGCAGUUCUCAGCUCGAAAUCAUAUCUUCUCUACAAUAUGGUGUUGUUCCAGACAUUGCAUCGUCUCUUGAUCUCCAUCUCAAGGUCGUUUCCUCCUUCAAUGGCCGUCCCUUCACCCCUCUUCCUAAUCCUCUUCCCGGCCCUAACCCUAAUACCAGAAGACGCAUUCAACCACCUCCCCCUGCCCCUACAAUCAAAAUCUCUAAACUUUCCGGUGAUUUACAUCCAAAACCCUCAGCCGACGUUAUUGUGGAUGAAGGUGGGGCUGGGACUACGCCGUUGUCCACGGUCAGGUCAAUGGUGGCGGUUUGUUUGUUAGAGAGGGUACCGUUUACGGAGAUUGAUUCCGCGUCGGUCUUGAGCAAGUUGGAGAGUGAAGGUUUCCAGUCUGUUACGGCGGCGGAGAAGGCGGCUUUAAGGGAGGUGGCAGGAGGGGACUCGAUACUGGCGGUGGAGAUGGCGUUGAGGUCAAUGGCGGAGGAUAAUGGCGGGGUUCAGUUGGAGGAGUUCAAAGUGAAUGGGAGAUUUAGGGUUUUGGUAAAAGGGAUCGAUAGAACUAGGUUAGUGAAAGAGUUGCCAGAGAGCAGACAGAACGAGUCAAAUUCGAAUAAUUCAAGUGGUGGAAAUGCGAUUCAGCAAAGUUCUAGGACAAUGGCUGAUGGUGGUUGGAUGGGGCAAGGUGACCCUGGGCAAUUUAGCGGACCAGGGGGCGGGGGGCAAAUGAUGGGGCCAAGGGCUAUGAUGGGGAUGAUAGGGAGGCCUCGAGGGAUGGGUGUUAAUCCAAUGCAUAGAGCCCCACCAAUGGGGAUGUAUUCACCUAUGAAUAUCACUGGUGGUGGUUCAAAUGGGAAGCAACCUAGGACGGAGGAGGAUGAUCUUAAGGAUCUUGAGGCUUUACUCAAUAAGAAAUCUUUUAAGGAGCUACAGAAAUCGAAAACAGGAGAGGAGUUGUUGGACCUCAUCCAUCGUCCUACUGCGAAGGAAACUGCUGUUGCUGCAAAGUUCAAAAGCAAAGGGGGUUCUCAAGUGAAGGAGUAUUGUACAGCUUUGACAAAAGAAGAUUGCCGACGUCAAUCUGGUUCUUUCAUCUCUUGUGAAAAGGUUCAUUUCCGGCGCAUAAUUGCUGUCCACACUGAUGUGAACCUUGGUGACUGUUCUUUUCUUGACACCUGCCGUCACAUGAAGACUUGCAAGUAUGUUCAUUAUGAGCUUGAUUCAACACCGGAUGUACCACAUAUGAUGAUGGGUGUUCCCCAUCCUUCCAAGCCAUUAAAGCCUCAACGUGCUGAGUACUGUUCAGAAGUAGAGCUUGGUGAAUCGCAGUGGAUUAACUGCGACAUUCGAAAUUUUAGAAUGGAUAUAUUAGGACAGUAUGGAGUCAUAAUGGCUGAUCCACCAUGGGACAUUCAUAUGGAAUUACCUUAUGGCACGAUGGCUGAUGAUGAGAUGCGCAAUCUGAAUAUCCAAGCUUUGCAGACUGACGGUCUUAUCUUUCUCUGGGUGACUGGACGAGCAAUGGAACUUGGACGUGAAUGUUUGGAACUUUGGGGUUACAAGCGUGUUGAGGAAAUUAUAUGGGUGAAAACCAAUCAACUUCAGCGGAUAAUAAGAACAGGACGCACUGGGCAUUGGCUUAAUCAUAGCAAGGAGCAUUGCUUGGUUGGUAUUAAAGGAGAUCCGAUAGUAAACAGGAAUAUCGAUACUGAUGUCAUUGUGGCAGAGGUUCGAGAAACAAGCCGUAAGCCAGAUGAGAUGUAUCCUUUGUUGGAAAGGGUGAGUCCGAGGACAAGAAAGCUUGAAUUGUUUGCUCGAAUGCACAACACACAUGCAGGAUGGAUGUCACUUGGAAACCAGUUGAAUGGAGUUCGACUGGUGGAUGAUGGUUUAAGGGCACGAUUCAAGGCUGCUUACCCUGAGGUCGAAGUGCAGCCUCAGUCUCCGCCUAGGGCACCCGCCAUGGAAGUGGAUGCAAGAAGUCCAUUUGCAGGAGGAGCUGAAUCAAAACCCAUGUUUUCUGAGCCAACGUAUGCAUCUGAACCUAAGCCAAUGAAUCUUGAUGUGGAGAUGGCAACCUCAUAAAUGGCAAAUAUGCCAAUUUCCACACAAUUUUUGGAAGUGUGAAUGUGGCAACAGACCACAAGAAUCUAUUUCCACCCUUUUGGUUUCAGAUUUGAUCCCUUUUUGUAAUCGGAUGUUUUGUGUAAUGACUACUUUGGGUAAUUAAUUACAUAGUAAGAGUAAGCAGAGCAUGCUUAGGUUAGAAUGAGGUUCAUUCCAUAGCCAUUCUUUGGGGAUAUACAUAUUAUUUGCUUUCCAGUCCAACUGUUGUCUUGUGUUACUGU